AUGCAGCACUCUGGAGCUUUUCAUGUGGCUCUUGGAUGUUGGUCACUACUUACCUUUGGGCCUGAAGUUUGCAGAGGUUAUGGUUCCUUUACAUUUUUCCUGAUAUACAUACUUGGAGGAAUUUCAGGCAACUUGGCAAGCUUUCUUCACACUCCAGAGCCAACUGUUGGUGGGACAGGACCAGUGUUUUCCAUAAUUGGAGCUUGGCUCAUUUAUCAGAAUCAAAAUAAAGAUGUAAUAUCAAAGGAUGCUUUUGAUCGUAUGUUCCAGAAGGCAGUAAUCACUACUGCUGUUAGCUUCAUAUUGAGCCAUUUUGGUCCAAUUGAUGACUGUUAUCGGGACUUGAGAAAGAUUGAAGAGAAACAUUAUGGGCAGAACAAUAAGGAUAAACUGGUUUUCUUGCACUCUCCUACAUCAGUAGUUAAGCUCUUUUUACUUGUUACCUCCUGUAGGACCCAUUUGGGAGCAGUUUUGACAGGCAUAGUUUAUGGCUUUUUCACAUGUGCAACUCUACAAUUGGAUGAUGCAUCUUCAAGAAGUGGCCAAGAUGAAGGCAUUUCACUUAUUAAAAGACAUGCAGAUCCUUUUGGAAGGGAUAGUAAAGAUUUAAUCGGUCCACUUUUAGCAGUGAACUUGGUAGUUCAUCUUAUUGUACUUGGGCUAGCAGGUUGGUCUGUUGACAAAUACAUCGAUGGUGAACAAAAUCACCCACAUUUGGGUGGGAAUCCAGCAACAGGAUUCAUGUUGAUAUGUGCACUGAUGGGUGGGGUAAUUGGUGCUAGUUCAAUGCUUGUUGGGCUUGUUCAUCUUCGUGCAUGGAGAAAUGAUAGUUUAGCAAGUGCAAGUGCUUUGGCAGUCACAUCUUGGGCUAUUACUGCCCUUGCUUUCGGAUUUGAAUGCAAGCAAAUCAUAUUAGGAGGGCAUAGAGGAAAAAGAUUGAAAACUUUGGAAGCAAUGAUCAUAGUAUCACUCCUAAGUCAGUUCCUGUAUGUGGUGGUUCUCCAUGCUGGGGUUUACAAGAGCAGAUAUGGACCAGAUUACCGUAGUUGUGGCAGUGAUUCUGCUGGUGACAUUCCGGUGGGCAACGAUCCACAGGCGUCUAUCACUCCUACUGGCACAUUAACAUAG